UUGUCUCUUUCAGGUUUCAUCAACAUCUACCUGCAGAAGACAUUUGUGUCCAAACAGCUGAGCAACUUGUUGAUUAACGGAGUGCAACCCCCACCACUGCCAUCCAAGAAGAAGGUGGUGGUGGAUUUCUCAUCUCCAAACAUCGCCAAAGAGAUGCACGUGGGUCACCUGCGCUCCACCAUCAUCGGGGACAGCAUGUGCCGAUUGUUUGAGUUUCUGGGAUACGAAGUCCUCAGGCUGAACCAUGUGGGGGACUGGGGGACCCAGUUUGGGAUGCUGAUCGCCCACCUGCAGGACAUGUUUCCGGACUACCUGACCGUCUCCCCUCCCAUCGGUGACCUGCAGGCCUUCUACAAAUUUCAGAAAAUUUACGACUGCCUGGACAUCAAGCUCAUCGAGAGAGGAGAGUCGUACUACCAGGACCAAAUGGUUGAGGUGGUGAAGGAGUUUGAGAAGAAAGGCCUGGUGGAGCUCGACGAGGGUCGUAAGGUCGUCUUCCCCCCAGGGCAGCCCAUCCCCCUCACCGUCGUCAAGUCAGACGGGGGCUACACCUACGACACGUCAGACCUCGCGGCCAUUCGCCAACGAAUCUUCGAAGAGAAGGCCGACAUCAUCAUCUACGUCACCGACAGUGGACAGAGCACGCACUUCCAGGUGGUGUUCGCCGCAGUUCAGCUGAUCGGCUGGUACGACCCCAAAGUGAUCCGGGUGGAGCACGCUGGCUUUGGAGUGGUGUUGGGGGAGGACAAGUGAGUUCAAAAC